GCUCGAAGUCCAUCCCUGGCCCCGCGGGCUCUCGCGCCCCGAUCCAUAGCGAACCCCUCCCACGAGCCGGCCUCGCCGCCCGCGGUGGCGGGGCCCUGCGGCCAGCAGCGGCGGCUCCCGGCGCGCCCGCUGGGCGGCGCCUCGCUGGGCGGAUGGCCCCGCUGAAGGCGUCUCCGACGCUCUUCGGGGUCGUCUCGCUGGUCGCGGCCUUGGAGGUGUGCUGCCUGGUGCAUCUGCUCUGCUGCAUCUUCGUGCUCGCGCAGGUGUCGUCCGUGCACUCGGCCGAGAUCGGCGGCGUGUUAGUCGCGCCAGCCCUGCAGUGCAUGCUGGGGGCGUGGUUCCUCGCCGGCAUCCCCGUCAUCGUCUGCGCCGGGGUGGGCGUCAUCUACCACGUGGAGUCCCACAUGACCGCCUACAUGGCCUACCUCGUGGGCACCUCCCUCUGGGGAUUCGCGUGGCUCGCCCUGUUCGUUCACUUCGGCUCGGCGUGCAAGACCACGUACGUGGCCAUGGAGAACGCCCCCUCCUUCGCCUGCGGGGUGUCGAAUGGCAUUACCAUAUUCGCCGUGGUCGUCGCCCUCGCCGCCGUGAUCUUCACCGCGUACCUGGCCUCUUGCAUGAAGGAACACAUCCGCAGCCGCAACCAGACCGAGCUCAUCCGCUACCAGGAGCCCUGGCAGGCCAUUCAGACGCUCGCGGACGACGUGGGCGCGGGCCAGGCGGCCAUGACGAGGGACGCCCGGUCCCAGGCCUACGGGUCUGCGGGCACCGCCUACGCGCCCGCCGCGCCUGGGCCGCGCCGCGGCUGCCCGGUGGUGACGCGGGGCGACGUGUACACCCAGGUCGGCCGGUGACCGUGCGCCCGCCCGCGCGGGGGGCCGGAGGCGCGGGCCAGGCCGCGGCAGAUCCCCGCGCGCGGCGGAAUGCAGAACGUGCAGGACGAAUUGUGCCAUCGUCAUUGGUGGCGGCGACAAGACCGAGGCCGCGAGCGGCCCCAGAGGAUCCGAAGCC